AUGGAAGAGAAGAGGCUAUGGGAACUGGUGAAGAAAGCUCCAAGCCGAUUAAGGCCCACGUGGAGUAGUUGUAUGAUCGCACGGCGUCCCUCAAACGGUAGAGGCUUUGUUACUCGCCUUUUAUGUAAGGGGAAUAGAGGGGAGGGAAGAGAAUAUAAGUUCGUUUACUGCACCCGGCUAGCUUAUGGAUCUGAUAUCGAUAUCGGAAGAUCAGGCCCAUCACUUCUUCUUGACUUCGAUGAUUUGCCCGCAGGAGGAUCAUCGAAGGUUGGAGAAAGAGAUAGAAAGCUGACUAGAGUAGGGGGUAGAGGGGCUGUGUAUAUCUAUUCCAAUCGGGGUGAUAGCUCGACUCGGCAAAUGGGAGAGAGAUCAAAUCGCGCGGGAGGGAGGGGGGCUUAA